AUGUCUAAACCCACAAUCAACCCGCGCUCGCUCCAAAGUCGCCUCACCCAUAUCCUAAAUAACUGGCCCUCCGAUGCUGUCCGUCCGGCGUCAGUCUCUGUUCAAACCUAUAUUCAAUCCCGUCUCCAGCCCACCGACAAGUCCAGCCCAGCGAUAUCUGAAGCCUCCACCAAAGCCCUCGAAGCACUGCUGAACAAUCGUUUCGCGUCCAAAUAUCCUCUACCGGAGAAGCUGCGUCGACCCGCAAGUAAUCCAGACCACUACGAUAAUGUUGUGCGCGAAUUUGCAGAGGCGCCAAAUCGCGAUUGGUUCGGGCGUUUAAAGAAGCGCAUGGCUGGUAUCAUCCGGUUGACCUGA